GGAGUACAUCAAUGGCGGCACAAUGGACAAGCUUAUAAAGCGCCAAGGACAACUGGACACUAAUCAAAUACUGUUUUAUUCUGCAGAACUGAUUGUGGGGUUGGAGUUCCUGCACACCAACGGGAUUGUUCAUCGUGACCUCAAGCCAGAAAAUAUUUUGAUGGAUGAAGAAGGCCAUGUGAAGAUCGGAGAUUUUGGCCUUGCACGUACCAACAUAUUCAGCCCUGAGACAUGCCGUGGGUACUAUGGCACACCAGGGUAUAUUGCCCCAGAGGUGAGAUUAUCAGUUCCCAUACAUUUGCUUAUUAUAAUACUUAGAAUAUGUUUUAUUUAACAGCAAGUGCCAUGUA